AAGAGCGGACCGGCGGCGACACGAUUAUUUCAUGUUUACAUGUUUUUAUUUUGACCCGGGAAGGUUCUGGUUCUGUUGAUCUGAAGGUUCUUUUUAUCUGAGCAGUAGAACCAGAACCGAAGCAGAACCAAAGAACCAAACAUCGCGAGACACGAGUUUUCCCGCCGCACAGCCUGCUGGGAAAUAUAUGAACGUCAGAGCUGCGUUGAUUGGAACACCGCGGCGCGUGCAGAGAAAAGUCAUGUCUGGUCUGUUGGAUCAGAGGAACAGAAUCCAGCAGCAGGUGAAGCAGCUGCAGGAGAGACUGAAUCAGAAUGAACUGGAGCUGCUGAGCAGUGAGACAGAUGAUGUAUCGGAUGAUGAGGACCUGGAGGACGAUGUUGGACAGACUGGACAGUGUGCAGCAGGUCUGGUGGCUCAGAGGGACCAGAUCCAGAAGGAGAUCCAGAACCUGGAGGACGUCCUCGGUCCACUCAGUCCCAUCAGUCCCAUCAGCGUGUCAGAUGAUGACGACAGCAGCAGCGACGAGAGUGUGGGUCUGUCCCUGUCGGUGGAUUCUUGUCUCCAGAUGAACCUCGUUUACCAGCAGGUCGUUCAGGAAACUCUGAACCUGCUGGAGACACACCUGCUACACAACCAACGACAACAGGUAGACACACACCUGCUACACAACCAGCGACAACGGGUAGACACACACCUGCUACACAACCAACGACAACAGAAGGAGCUCCUAUUUCAGUUGUCUGGACCAAUCAGAGAGUCUCCCAGAGAACAGUCCGCCCCCUCCUCCUACCAGCAGCCAAUCACCAUGUACCUGGGUCGCUUCCUGAAGCCAUACUUCAAGGACAAACUGACAGGACUGGGUCCUCCAGCCAAUCAGGAGACGAAAGAGAAGGUCAGCAGGAUGACUGGUUGUCUGGACGACAGGAAGCUGAAGGUGAAACGAUGGGAGAGCUGGCAGAAGACCCUGUUGAUCCACUCGGUGUCCAGAGACAAUCUGAGGAGACUCAUCCAGCCCAAAUUGUCCAAGGUGGACUAUCUGACCCAGAAGCAGUCCUCGGCAGUGCAGACAGACAGGCAGCAUCUCCGGGAGCAGAUCGACAGCUUGGAGAGAGAGAUCGACCUGCUCAGAGGGAAGAAGGAGGAGGAGCUGAUUGGUGGUCGAUACGAGGAGCACGACUGGCAGAAGAUCUCCAACAUCGAUUUUGAAGGGACGAAGGACGCCAACGACAUCCGAAGAUUCUGGCAGAACUUCCUCCAUCCGUCCAUCAACAAGAACCGCUGGAGUCCAGAGGAGGUCCAACAUCUGAAGGAGGUCAGCAGGAGGCAGGGAGACAGGCACUGGGACGUCAUCGCCACGGAGCUGGGGACGGGGAGGACGGCCUUCAUGUGUCUCCAGAUGUUCCAGAGGUUCGUUUCUGAUUCGUUGCGUCGCGGCAGCUGGACUCCGUCUGAAGACGUUCUGCUCAGAGAGCUGGUGGAGAAGAUGAGGAUUGGAAACUUUAUCCCCUACACCCAGAUGAGUUACUUCAUGGAGGGUCGGGACCCGGCUCAGCUGAUCUACAGGUGGAACCAGGUUCUGGACCCGAGCCUUAGGAGAGGACCAUGGACCAAAGAGGAGGACCAGCUGUUGCUGCGAGCCGUGUCCCGGUACGGGGAGAAGAACUGGUGGAAGAUCCGGCUGGAGGUUCCUGGACGUACCGACAGCUCCUGCCGAGACAGGUACCACGACAGUCUGAAGGCGGGACUGAAGAGAGGAGCAUUCACCCGGCAGGAGAGAGAUCUGCUGCUGAGGCUGGUGGAGAAACACGGAGUCGGUCACUGGGCGAAGAUCGCUGCUGAGAUUCCUCAUCGGUUCGACGCUCAGUGUCUCAGAGAGUGGAAGAAGCUGAACAGACCUGCCAAGCAGAAACAGAAGAAAGCUAAAAGGAGUGGAGGAGGAGAAAAGAAGAAGAAGGACACCACCAAGAAGAACAUCAGGAGGCGACUGAAGACAAUGAAGAAGAAGGAGGAGGAGGAGGAGGAGGAGAGCAGUGAGGAGGAGGAGAUGGUGAUUCCCUACAUGGACAGCGAUGACGAGAAGAAGACGGUGGUGGAGGAGAGGAGCGAGGAGCAGCAGGAGGAGGAGGAGGAGUUCAGCUUCCCUCCCAUGCAGGACUGGAUUCCAGCAGGAAGACCAGAACCUUCGUCCUCCCUGAGCUUUUGCCCGGUGCUGCUGCCUUCCUCCACCGACACUCUCAGCGGGGCUCCGGUCCGUUCGACCAUCGUGGGGAAGUUCAGCUGCUCCUCGGUCUUCGGACCUCCUCCCAGAGCGCUGCAGCAGGACGAGCGCUACAGCAGCGCCGCCAUGAUGAUGGUGUCUCCUGAGGAGCUGAGGGUCCACCUGCAGCGCCAGGCCCACAGGUUCAACCACCGGAGCUCCAGGAGGCGGCGCCGGGUCCACGCCGGAAAGCAGCCGCUGCUGGGCCGAGUCACUGACGUCGGGGUCGGAUACCAGCUGCAGGCCGCCGUCACGCCGUGGGUCGGAAACCUGCUGAUCCCGACCAAUGCCAAGCGGACGGCGGCAGACGUUCUGAGGGAGAACGGCCAGAAGAAGAGCAUCUCCUUAACCCCCGUCUUCCUGCUGCUGCUGCAGGCCGCCAACGUGGACAUCCUGGGCUGUAAGGAGAUGAUCGAGCAGAGGAAGAGCAAGGUGCUGUUGCUGACUCCGCCCCCCGACCCCGACACCAUCAAGCUCAGAGACCCCAAGACGGUCGCAGGAAUGCUGCAGCUGCGGGACGCCAUGAAGGAACAGACGCAGUGGGCGGAGCAGGCCUCCAUCCUGCAGCAGCUGCACGCCAUCCAGCAGCAGAAGAAGCUCCACAUGCAAGAGCCUUGUCCUGCUCUGAUCCAACCAAUGAAGCCUCCUCAGCACCAUCCCAGCCUCCUCCUUCAGAUGCCUCCUCAGAUGCCUCCUCAGAUGUCUCCUCAGAUGUCUCCUCAGAUAUCUCUUCAGGUGCCUCCUCAGAUGUCUCCUCAGAUGUCUCCUCAGAUAUCUCUUCAGGUGCCUCCUCAGAUGCCUCCUCAGAUGGGUCCUCAGAUGUGUCCUCAGAUAUCUCCUCAGAUGUUCCCUUCAAUGCCUCCUCAGAUGCGUCCUCAGAUAUCUCUUCAGAUGCGUCCUCAGAUGUCUCCUCAGAUGCAUCCUCAGAUGUUACCUGCGAUGUCUCCUCAGAUGUCUCCUCAUGCUGUCUUCGUUCCUCGUCCUGUCUUGCAGCAGCUCCUUCCUUCCUCUCCUGCAGGUGAUGGAGUCGGUGAUGGAGCCGUGAGGAUUCAGGGAACCAGAACUCUUCUUGAGGUUCCACAGUCUGCUCAGAUCCAGAACAUCAUCCUGCUCCCUCCUCAGAAGCUCCUCCCCCUGCAGCUGGUAGCCCCGCCCCCUGCUGCUGCUGCUGCUCCUGUCAGAUUGGACGCUUCUCAUGUCUCCAUUGACUCGUCCAAUGAGAGAGUGUCUUCGACUCAGAACCUCAGUUUAGCCCUGCCCCCCUGUGUGCGGACCAAUCACAGUGCUCCUUUCCUCAUCGAACAUGACUACUAUGUCCCACUGCCCGGUCAGCCAAGCCCUGCCCCCAAACUGCCAAACACCGCAGGGAGGGAGAGGGGGGAGGAGUCACAGCCGGUGACAAGCAGUCAAGACAACCAAUGGGUGGACAGGACAGGUACAGGUGUGAUCCUGGAAGGGAAGAGGGUCCGGAAGCCGACUCAGAAGGCCAGAGCUCUGCAGGAGUCCACGGAGGCCAAGGCCGAAGCCAAGAAGAGGAGGACUUCUGGUCAGAAAUGCCGUCGCAGGUCUGAAGUCACCCCUCUGGUCCAGCCGGUGGCCCCAGGGUGGCAUCUGCUCCCCAGUCACUCGCUGUGGGUCAUGACACCUGCUGGACUGGUCCAGCUGGCAGAAGCUCCACCCCAAAGCCUGCAACUGCCAUUAGUGCCUCCACCUCCACCUGUCCCACAGGCUCCGCCCCCUCUGCUGCUCCCCUCCGGAGGCCCAAAGUCACCACAAUCCCUCGCUGUGUCUGUCCCCAUGACCCGGCCUCUUACUGCCCCUCCCACCUGUCACUAUAAGCCCCGCCCCUCACCAAUUGUUCCAAACCCCGCCCCUAUCCCCUUCUGUCCCCCCCCACCCCCUCCUAAGCUUCCAUUUCCUUAUAAGGGUGUGGUGAGAGUGGAUCCGGCGGAGCCCCCCCCCCUCAGGAGGGAACCGCUGCUGUUUGACCCCGCCCUCAUGUUCCUGGAGCCGCAGGCGCAGGUCCGUGAUUGGCUGAGCGGGAAAAGGGGGGUGUCGGUACCUGGAGCAGGUGUGGCCUUACCUUACCUGCCCCCAUUUGUCAGCAGUCUGAGCACGCUCAGUGCGCUGCUCCAGUCCAAGAAGUCCCUGACGAAGGCAUCACUGCAGCUGCUGUGCCGAGGCUCCGAACCUCGACACCCCCGAACCACACCUGACAUACCUGAAGCCAGGCAACCGCCACCAGACCUGCCAGACUCCACCUCUGACCUCCGACCAUCUGAGGAACAACCAGCUCCCUCUGCCAGCUCAGCCCAGCAGCAGCAGGAGGACGAGGAGGCCACCAUGGUGGAGGCGGUGCGACACCUGGUGGCGGAGCGUUUCUCAGGUAACCCCGCCUACCAGCUGCUGAAGGCCCGCUUCCUGUCCUGCUUCACUGUCCCCGCCCUCCUGGCCACUGUGCAGCCAAUCACAGGAAAGACUGUGGACUGGCCAGCCAAUCAGGAGGAGGAGGAGGAGCCAAGGGAGGCCAGACAAAGAGGACAGAGGAGAGUUCAGAGAUCUUUGUUGCUGAGUGACGCCUCCGGAGCUCCAGCCAAUCACUUCUCAGGGAUUACCUCUGCGGACCGGACCGGACCGGACCAGUAGAAACCUCAUGUUGAGCUAACUGGUGUUUGGAACCCCGGCUGGUUUACUGAAGGUUCUUCAAAGAAAGAACCUGAAAGCUGCUGAUCGGCUGCGUUCAAGAACCCUCAGAACGGCGUGAACUUCUGAUAACUCAUAAAUCCGGACCGUCUGAGCGUCCUUGAAUGCACCACCAGAGGAACGAUGAAUGAACCAGUCAGAGCAGAUCAAUCUGUGCUGCAUUGAUUAUUGAUCAGGGGGCUGUGUGGUGCGUUCAGGAACCUCAGGAGGAGAUAGUAAAGUGGUGGAGCUGCACUAAAACCUGUUGGUUGUUGCUGAUCUUUGUUGUUAUUAUUUAAGAUGAGAAUUUUUUUCAGUUUUUUUGAGCUGAAGGUUUUCUAAUAAAGAUAAUUAUGGAAAAUGA